CAGCAGGGUCCCCGCCCGGGAGGCGAGCGGGCCCGGCGCUGGCCUUCCGGUCCUCGUCCAAGAUUUAAAGCGCGCAAGUGUUGUUCUUGAGCCCAACGACUUUCGCUCCCGUGCCGGGAGGAAAGCCGACCUCCGACUCGGAUGUCUGAGGAGCCGGGCUCGGACUCGGUCCAGAUUCAGGUUGCACUGGAACAUUUACAGACGCUUUGGUAGGGGAUUUACACCUGGAACAUCUCCGAAGUCUUCCUAGCAUCCUGCUUGUGGCCUACUAUACAGUCUCAUUUAAUGUCCACAAAAAGAAUUACAUGGAGUAGCUGCACGAGGCCACUCACCGGAAUCGGAGAAGGAUGUCAGUAUGGGAGAAUUUUGAUGGGACAGUGUCCUCAUUCUACAGUGUGUUCUAUUCCUCCUUUGCAAUCUCAGAAAAAAUGGUACUGAAAGAAAAUAUUUUGUGAAAUAAGGAGAUCCUUUUCCAUUUUUAAUGACCAACAUGUAUUACGAUAGACAUCUGUUCUACAAAAUACAAAGUUCUAUGGUCUCAAAGAAGCAAGUGCCCAUUUAAAACUGAUCCUAAUUAAAAAGGGGCCUGAAUGAACUUGAGAAUGUUUGUUAAUGGCAGAAGAGUCAAAAAAUGGCAGUUUGUUCAGUUAUUUGCCACUUGUUUUAUACUAAGCCUCAUGUUUUUUUGGGAACCAAUUGAUAAUCACAUUGUGAGCCACGUGAAGUCCUACUCUUACCGAUACCUCAUCAAUAACUAUGACUUUGUGAAUGAUACCCUGUCUCUUAAGCCCGGCUCAGAUGGGGCUCGCUACCCAUACUUGAUUAACCACGAGGAGAAGUGUCAAGCACAAGACGUCCUCCUUUUGCUGUUUGUAAAGACUGCUCCCGAAAACUACAAUCGACGUUCUGCAAUUAGAAAAACAUGGGGCAACGAGAGGUAUAUUCAGACUCAACUUAACGCCAACAUCAAAACUCUGUUCGUCUUAGGAACUCCUAAUCCGCUGAAGGGAGAAGAACUGCAGAGAAAAUUGAUUUGGGAAGAUCAAAUGUACAAUGAUAUCAUUCAGCAAGACUUUGUUGAUUCUUUCUAUAAUCUUACUCUUAAAUUACUUCUGCAGUUCAGUUGGGCAAAUAUCUUUUGUCCACGUGCCAAAUUCCUUAUGACUGCUGAUGAUGACAUAUUUAUCCACAUGCCAAAUCUUAUUGAAUACCUUCAAAGUUUGGAACAGAUUGGUGUUCAGGACUUCUGGAUUGGUCGUGUUCAUCGUGGUGCCCCUCCCAUUAGAGACAAAAGCAGCAAAUACUAUGUCUCCUACGAAAUGUACCAGUGGCCAGCUUACCCUGACUAUACUGCUGGAGCUGCCUAUGUAAUCUCCAGUGACGUAGCCACCAAAGUCUAUUCAGCAUCACAGACACUAAAUACUAGUCUUUACAUAGACGAUGUGUUCAUGGGCCUCUGUGCCAAUAAAAUGGGGAUAGUACCACAAUACCAUGUGUUUUUUUCUGGGGAAGGCAAAACUCCUUAUCAUCCCUGCAUCUAUGAGAAAAUGAUGACAUCUCAUGGACAUGUACAAGAUCUUCAGGACCUUUGGAAGGAUGCCACAGAUCCUAAAGUAAAAACCAUUUCAAAAGGUUUUUUUGGUCAAAUAUACUGCAGGUUAAUUAAGAUAGCUCUCCUUUGCAAAUUGAGCUAUGUGGAUACAUAUCCUUGUAGGGCUGCAUUUGUCUAAUAGUACUUGAAUGCUGUAUUUUUUUUUUUUUUUUUUUACUGUCACUGAGCCAAACCUAAAUGAAAAACCUUUAAAUGUUUGUCUGUACCGUAAGUAAAAUUAAUAUGAAAGACAAAGAAAUAUUUUGAAAGCCUAGUCUAUCAAAAUGUUUCUUUGAUUCUAGAAGCUGUUCAGUAUAACUUAUCUACUUCAAUGCCUAAAUUCAUUUCAAGGAAUUUUUUAUUUACAGAAUGUUUUUAUGAAUGAAAACAAAACUAAAGGGAAAUUCAAGUUCCCAUUUAAUGCCACAUGUAUAAUUGAGGUAUGGAGAAGUUAUUAAGAAGCCUUGGUGUUGGAAUAACUGCUUUUGGAAAAUACCAAGUGAAUGUAUAGUACAACAUUUCAAAGAAAUGACUAUUAUUAGACUGAGUAUACAAGUUUAUUUUUGUUAAAGAGCACUUGAUGGAGGUAGUGGGGGCAGGGAAGGGUUGGCACAGGAGAAAGUACGUGGAACUGGCACAAGAAAGUCUCUUGUUCUUAAGAGAUGUAGGCAAAUGUACACAAUUUAAUUAUGAACAGCCAAAUCACUUACUGUCACAUCCAAUGUAGCUAUUAGAUAGACUUGGAGUUAUUUAAAAUAUAUUUAUAUCUUUUUUUCAAAGUUUAAUGUGAAAUUUGAGAAAAGUCAUUAGCUCUACCCUAACUGGUACUUUAUAUGGUUGUUUUUUUAAAAAAAAAUUAGAAAAUAACACAAAACAUGGACAAUUUGUUGCUCACAGGGUCCUUCCCUAGGGAGAAAUAGUUAAUUCAAAUAAGCUGAUUUUAGUUAAUGCAUUUUCAACUGUUUUUUAAACAUUCAUUAUUAGUCUGUAUUUAAGGUAGUUGCUUGAAUGUAGUUUGUGUGGAGGAAUAUAAUAACAGAGGGGAUUUCAAAAGGAAAGAUAGAACAUUAAAAGCUUCUUCAUAAUUUAUAAAAUAAAAUCUUAAGUGUCUAAAUCAUUGUACUGAUUAUUAAAAUUAGCCCAUCCCUCCACAACAAGGUCUCAUAAACCACAAUACUUUGUUCCCAGUUUACAGUUUUAAAUUGAGAGAUUAAACAUCAAAUCAAAGCUAUAGUAUCUAAAAUAAUCUAUUCUUUCAUCAAAUAACUAUCAGAGGUGUUCGUCUUUUAAAUAUUUCAAACUUGAAAUCAAAAUAAAAAUGCUUUAUAAAAGCUUGCAGAAUGAGGCUUAAAGCAUUUGUAAAGCUGCAUGUUUCUCGUAAUCAAAGAGAUGUGGCUGAGAUCUAAUUAAGUUACAUUUAUUUUACAAAGCAGGAUAAAAAUGUGACCUUUAUGCAAACAACCUUCCCUUACUACAGAAAGAAUUAGGUGAUAUCUAUUGCUAAGGAAAUUAUAUGAAGGCCAAAAUAGUGACUUCAGCAAAAGCAGUUGAACUGAUUAUAAAAUCUUUGGCUGCAGAGGCACUGGUUAGGGAGAACUAAGAUGUCUUAUUUACUAAGAUGAUGUCUGAAACAUACAAAAUUGAAAAAGGCUUCUCAGUAUACACAUCUGGAUGAUAAUAUUUAUAAUUUUUAGCAAGUAGCUUUUUAAUGUUUACAGAAAUUUUUGUUAAUUUUUUUCUCUUUUGAAAUUUGAGGCUGUUUACAUCAAUUAGAUAAUUUAGCAUCUUUACCUAAUGUCAUAACUGCAGUAUCAAAUAUUCUAGGUUGUAGUUGCUUUCAGAGUAGAUUCAAGUUUUAGAUCAUUACAGUUUAAAUUUUCUGACCAAUUGAAAGACCAUAGAGAACAAAAGCACAUUUUGACAAAGCGGGUUUAUAAUUAAUUUUUAUUAGUUGAUUCCUUAAUAACCAUUUGCUUUUUGACCAUAUAUAACCUGUGCCAUUUAAUUUUGCCAUUAGCUGAAAACAUCAGUGUCUCUCUGGCCAUCGAAGCAAUCUUUUUUACAGCAAUACUUCUGUGAAACAAAUAUUUAUUUGUGGAAAGAUCUCUCUUGAACUGUAUUCAUCUUUCUAUUUUUGCUUAGAAUAGAAUGGAACAGGUUUAAAUUUAAAGGAAACAGGAAGGCAUUUCCUUUUUUUCGAAGGAAGGUGCUAGAUAAUUCCUUCAUCAGACUAAAAGUACUGAGAAGAGUAUUUGUAAAUAAAAGCAUUCUGACCUUUUAAAAAGGAAGGAAAAAACUUUUUGGUGCUCCAAUGCAGGGUUGUUUUUUUUAAAAAUGUUAACAAAGGGAAAAUAAACUAUCAACCUGGAUGGUCACUUGAGUAGAAGAUGGUUGUACAGUGUUAUUGUUAAAAACUUUUUACCUCUCAGUUGGUUUGCAUCUUUUUUCCAUAUUAUAAAUUUUAUACCAGAAUGUUAAAUAUUUAUAUUUGAAUUUUGCUCUUGUAUGGCAAAAUAAUUAGUGGGUUUUUAAAAAAAAUAUGAUUUUCAAUAAACAACAUAAAAAUUGUCAGCAGAUGUGUAAUUAAACUUCUGCAUGAACACCAUUUGUUUACAUAAUCGACUUGUUCUGUUUAUGUCAGAGAGGCGUGUACUACACAAUCUUGGUUCUGUUCUGGUUCCAUUUGCUGCUGUGCCCAGGAUAGAGGAUGAUUGUGUCCUCUGCAUUAUGGAGCCACCUAAGAUGUCUGUGUUUGUUUAUUAAAUGACUUAUGCUGCAAUGUCUAGGUGGAGGCAAUGUUCUUCUCCCCUAAUAAUUUGUUUAAAAAGGGAUAAAAUGAGAAUCUGCAGCCAUAGUGCCUUAAGACUCCGUUUGAAAAAGUUAUAUUUUCCUUUUAUUCGAUAUUGUUAGCUGUCCGAAAUUAGAUUCAAAUUUAGCCCUAGUCUCUUAAUGUCUGUCAGGAAUGCUCUUAUACCUACUUUGGAAUGUUUGGUGCUUUGGUAUAUUUGCAUAGUUUUCUCUCAUCUACUUUUCACCUGAUUCCUGCCCAAUUCUUGGCAUAAUAUAUAGUAUGAUUCGAUCUAUAUAUUUUUUAAAACUUGGAAGCAUUUGAAUUAUUUGGUUCUAGUAGAACUUUUGAUUUGCAAGGCCUAGUUGGGGUGUUUGUAGUUGUCAUCACUAAAAUGAUGAUUAUUUGGAAGAAUUAAUUAAUUUGACCUAUAUUUGUGGACUUCAUUUUUUCUGGCAGCUCACUGGUACAGGGAUCUGAACCCUUGACCUUGGUGUCACCAGCACCACACUGUAACCAACUGAGCAAACCAGCCAGUCCUGUUAGGGACUUUAAUUGGACACCAUAGAUGCAAUGAGAAGGAAACCUGAGAAGGAAACCAGAGAACUCUGGAUAUGCAGGGAUAUUCAUUCCGCUAUAAUAAUGUUAUAAGAAUGUUAGAAAUCUUCCUGACUCUGUUUUCCUUCUAAUCAUGUCUCCAGCAAGACAAGCCUUAAUCACAGCUUUCAUUACAAUAUUCCUUUGCUUUGGACCUCAAAGGCUUCUUACUGCCUCCAGCAUCAAAUCUAAACUCUUCUACCUGGUUUUCAAGGCCCUAUGUAAUCUUCCCUUCCUCCUUGAUUUUUUUUUUUUUUUUUUUGCCUUUUUGUGACAGGCCGCACCGCGCUCAGCCAGUGAGCACACCAGCCAUCCUUAUAUAGGAUCCGAACCCGCGGCGGGAGCACUGCUGCGCUCCCAGCGCCGCACUCUCCCAAGUUCGCCACGGGGUCGGCCCCUCCUUGAUUUUUCCUACUGCUACUAAUACCCAUCACAAAUCUCAUUCAUGACCAUACCUUGUUAAGUUGAUUUCCUUGCCAGGAGCACUGUUUCUCUUCUACCUGUUGAAAUCUUGGAAAUCCAACACUACCUUCACUCCUUCAUUAAGCAUGUCCUCCUGCCCUCCUCCCCAAAUCACAUAUAUUAUUGUACUGCCUGUUCCAUGUGUUUUUUCCUAGUUAUGAUGUACAUUCUGAAGGUAGGGACUCAGCACCGGUCUAUCACAUAGUACUCAAAAUCAUUUUUUCCCAAACAUAAUAAGGUAAUGUUAUUCUGGCAAUACAUCCAAAUAUGAAAAGAGAUUAAUUAUUCAGAAUCUUUAAUGGAUGCCAUCUGGUAUAACAUUUGACCUAUAUUACUUAAAAGUUUAUAAUUUACUCAACUAAAUCUGAAUGUUUUCUAAAUAUCUAUCAACUCUA